CUCCCAAAGUACUGGGAUUACAGGCAUGAGCCCCCGCGCCCCGCCCUCCUCUUUCUUCUGAAAUGCACUUCCUCAUAUUACUAGGUGUUAAAUAUACAGUGGUUCCCCCUUAUUCUCAGGGGAUACAUUCUGAGACCUUCAGUGGAUGCCUGAAACUGCAGAUAGUACCAAACCCUAUACUUACUAUUUUUUUCCUGUACAUAUGUACCUAUGAUAAAGUUUAACUUAUGCAUUAGGCUUAGUACCCUUGUGUUUUGGUACUAUUAUUAAGUAAAAUAAAGGUUACUGGAAUACAAGCACUGUGACACCAUGACAGUGAGCCUGAUCACCAAGGUGGCUAUGAAAGUGACUAAUGGGUGGGAAUGUCUACAGUGUGGAGACACUGGACAAAGGGAGGACUCAUGUCCUGGGGAGGAAGGAGCAGGACAGUGAGAGAUUUCAUCAUGCUGCUCAGAAAGGCAUGCGACUGAAAACUUACGAAUUGUUUAUUUCUAGAAUUUUCCAUUUAAUAUUUUCAGACCACAAUUGACUGAAGGUAACUGAAGCCUCAGACAGCAAAAUUGUGCAAGAGGGGACUACUGUAUACCCAUUUCCAUUUGCACCUCUGGUAACUAUGAGAUCAGAAUGUGCAGUGGAAGGUUGUGUGCCUCACAAUAACCACGGAGUUCUACUCAAUCUGCUGCCUUGGCGACUCUGGAUCUCUGUUCCGACAGUACAAUGUCACAUUGCAGACUCUUGGCCUGGGGUCCCAUAGGACUUCAGUGGCUCCAGGACUGAUUUCACUGCCAUCACUUAUAUAUGGUUAGAUCUGGGUUCAACUUGUUUGCUGUGAGGUAAGUGUCUGAACGUCUACAUGUCUACAGAUCUUUAAAACUACACACAAAAAUUGCUAAAGACAAGAAAUUUGGGAAUAUUAAAUUUACAAUACAAUUUAGGAAACCAAAUAGAGAGGAGGUAUACUAACUGGGUUAGAAGAUUAUAGCUGUAAAUUGUUGGGACUUAAGAAAAACCACACAUUCAGACAAAUAGUUUCUCAAUCUUCUUUACCCAGAAACUCUUACUAUUCAACAUAUCUCCCCUACACCUGCACCAAAAGAGCAGUCAGUUGAGAUACAAGUUUGAGAAACAGAAAGGAGGGGACAAAGAUUGGAGGAUGUCAAGGCUAAAGGAUAAGCCUCUCCUCUAGUUCAGAGCACUCUUUGUCUGCCUCACACCCUCUUCUCCCUGGGGACUGGCUGUGUGCUGACUGUCCCCAUGCUGGGAUACAUGAACAGUAACAACAGUGGACCCCUGCUCCCUGCACUGAUGGGAGGCAACAAGGAUAAGCUGCCCUCACACUUGCUAUGCUAACAGAACAGGAAAUAUUAUUUUACCUGUGGCAUAGACAAAUGUCUAAUAUAGAAGCAUGUUUUAUAGUGGGAAUUUGCUAUACAGAUCUAUUAACUACAUGCUUUCUCAUUAAAAACUGGCUUAACUGAAUUAUAUUCACUCAAAAACUGGUUUCUAGUGCUAAAAUCAAAAUUCCCUUAUGGCUUUUAAUAUUGAAACCAAAACCCAAAACUGCAGCUAAAACACAUUAUUUGAUAAAGCAAAGGGAAUCUUGCAGUCUCUGGGAAUAAGUAAAAUCCUCUUUUGCAAGUGAAAAAUUUCUCUUUCACUCAUAUUCCAAAGUAAGUGAAAAAAAGCCACAUGAAUGGUGCCUGAAUAAGUUCCUCUGUUUGGAAAGAAAAAAGAAAAAAAUCAUUACGUUCAAGUGUUAAAGAAACUUGUGUCUACACCAUACAAGUUGAAUGCUUGACUCAUUGUUUACUUACUGUCAAAUGAUUUGGGCAGUUUCUUUUCAUGAUAACUCCCUGCCAACACAAAACCAUUUCGAAGAUCCAGGAGCACAGAAAAUCGGGGUCAAUGCUACAGGGCUCAUGGGUUGCCAGGGAAGACUACAGGCCUCAGGCCCUUGCCUAAGUCUCCCCAUCUCAUAAGCUAGUCAAAGUGUCCCUGCCUGCUGACUCGAGACCCAGACAUUUAUCCAUUCCUCCCCCAACCUCUCCAUUUCUUCACCUACUUGUUCAGUCAGAAAUUCAACCAAUAUGAAAUGCCUCUUCUCUACACACAUAUGCAACACAUGCCAACUCUCAAGGAAUGCAAUUUAGUGGAGGAGAAAAAGCAAGUAAAUAUGCAGUAACAAUGCAAACAUGUGCCACUACAGGGAUAGGUACCAAGUGCUAAGGAAACCUGUAGGGAUGAAUGACCAGCCCAGCUUCGGAUGGCAGAGAAAGCUUCCUGGAGAAGGUAGUUACAAGAAUAAAGAGAAGCAGGCCACGCCAUCAGGUGGGAGACAGUGGUAAGGAAUGCCACAGUGGGUGGAAGAGCAUGUGAGAGGCAGGAAGAGCAAAUGUAGCCAGUCCAGAGGGCUGGAAUGGAGAGUGAGAUGAGGAAAAAGUGAGAGUUCACCCCAACCUGAAGCCAGGCCUAUGGAGAGCCCUCAGGUCUCCCGGAUGCCUCCUCUAAGGGCCUGGCAAUUCAGAAACAAGAAUGCCCCUGUGUACCAUGAAGAACUCAAGUCUUGAUGAGAGGACUCUUCUAGACACAUGCCAUCAAUGUAUCUGUUGAUUUUAGCAGCAAUGGGGAAGCUAAUCAAUACUUAAUUUUAGAAAAGUAGUAAGCUAUGUGAAUAAGGCAAAGGACAGAUUAGGUCUGCAGGCAGGCAGAUUUCUGUCCAGCUGAAAUAUCAAACUCUUGUGUGAUGUAUGAAAUGUAACAUCACAUAUAAAAAAUUGAUGAACGUAAUUCAGCCAUAAGAAGUCAUAUCUAGUGGACAGAUCAAUAUAAUCACCUUGGAAGAAGUUAUUACAGUGGGAGAAACUAGGCCUGGCUUUACCCUGAGUUCUUAAGCAAGGAACUGGUCUUCAAUUUCUUCAUCCACACAAGAAAUAGUUGCUAUGGUUGUCUCCAAUACUGCUAAAACCCAUCAUUCUGGCAUUGCGAUUUGAUAAAAUAUCAAAAGUAUUUUAUCACCAGAGACAAGGAUUUAAGUAACUUUUCUAAGCCACAGACUUACUAUGGUUUUGUCUGAGGAAAAAAAAAAAAAAAGAUGGACCCCAAACUGUCUAAAAUUCAAAAAACAAAUAUAUUUAAGUUCAUGAACCUUUUAAAAGUUGACAAACCAUGCAAACCAAAUAUAAAGAUAAUUAAAAUUUUAGGAUAAGCAAAUGAGAGGAUAAAUUUUUUUAAGAAAUGAGAAAGUAAAAAAAAAUUAACCUAACAAGGCAGGCAGUGAUUCGUUGCUCACUUCCCUUUCUGCUGGUUUCAUUUCCCUUCUUAGGUGAAAACACUCCUAAUAUGUAAAUCGGUCCACUAAAGACUUCAGAGUCCUUUCUGUUAAGAUUUGCAGAAAUUUUUAUGCAAAAGAAAUUAUUUCUAGACUUCCAUGCACUAGAAAAGCAGACUUACAAAAUACAGCAAACUAAAGUGGAUAAAUGUAUGUGGCAAAGCAGAAGCAAAUAAUCAAGGAUCCUACUUUUAAACAUUUAGAAUUGUUUAAAUAGUAAAAAGUGGAAAUGUGGAUAUUCUAUGAUUUUUAAGAACUUGGUAGUAAAAAGUGAGACUCCAUUUAGGAUUACCUACUAAGUGCCAGGUACUACGUUAAGCACUUGGGACCUUUCUGGUUUAGGGCCCUCACAAUCCUGCUGGAUGGUAUUCUCUCUAUUUCAACUGUACAGAAAUGAAGUAGGAACAAAGGGUUAGUCAAAGUGGGCAGGUAACUAGACAAAGUCACACAGCUUAGAAAAGCAAAGAAGCUAGACUUUAAACCCCCUUUUACUCAAUAUCAAAUCUCCUUCUCUUUCCAUAGAUGAUGCAGACUUUAAGCAUCAAAGUACACAAACUGAAGAAACUUCGUCCUUUGUAUAUAAUUCUCUUAAAUAUAUGCCAUCAUUUCAAGGGGAAUUUAUGCUAAGUGUGACUUCAUAAACAAAUCAUUUGUGAGAGAGAAAAACCACAUCCAGGGUAAAGUCAUAAGGUGAAAAAGCCUAUUUCAGAGAGCACUUCCUGAAAGAGACAAAGCAGCAAUUACAGGCAGCCCAGCACCAACUCCCAUGCCAAGCAUUACACUGGAAACUACUUUUUAAAGCAACAAAAGAGUCUAAAACAAAAUAAAACAUUUCUUAAACACACUGUUUCCAGAAAGAGCUAUUUUAACAGAAACAACUCAAAGAUAUCCCUUCGACAGAAGUGGAAGUGCUGAAAAAUGUUCAUCUCUCAUACAGACUUUUGAUGGACAGGAGUUUCUAAGUAUCAUGCCCACCAACAAGCUGUAAAAUGAUCACCCUGAACAAUCAAGAUCAACCUGUCCCUUUUAACAACUCACAUCCAGAUGAAUACAAAAUUGCAGCCCUUGUCUUCUAUAGCUGUAUCUUCAUAAUUGGAUUAUUUGUUAACAUCACUGCAUUAUGGGUUUUCAGUUGUACCACCAAAAAGAGAACCACUGUAACCAUCUACAUGAUGAAUGUGGCAUUAGUGGAUUUGAUAUUUAUAAUGACUCUACCCUUUCGAAUGUUUUAUUAUGCAAAAGAUGAAUGGCCAUUUGGAGAGUACUUCUGCCAGAUUCUUGGAGCUCUUACAGUGUUUUACCCAAGCAUUGCUCUAUGGCUUCUUGCCUUUAUUAGUGCCGACAGAUACAUGGCCAUUGUGCAGCCGAAGUAUGCCAAAGAACUUAAAAACACGUGCAAAGCCAUGCUGGCGUGUGUGGGAGUCUGGAUAAUGACCCUGACCACAACCAUCCCUCUGCUAUUGCUCCAUAAAGACCCGGAUAAAGACUCCAUCCCCGCCACCUGCCUCAAGAUUUCUGACAUCGUCUAUCUAAAAGCUGUGAAUGUGCUAAACUUCACUCGACUGACAUUUUUUUUCUUGAUUCCCUUGUUCAUCAUGAUUGGGUGCUACUUGGUCAUUAUUCAUAAUCUCCUUCAUGGCAGGACGUCUAAGCUGAAACCCAAAGUCAAGGAGAAGUCCAUAAGGAUCAUCAUCACACUGCUGGUGCAGGUGCUUGUCUGCUUUAUGCCCUUCCACAUCUGUUUCGCUUUCCUGAUGCUGGGAACGGGGGAGAACAGUUAUAGUCCCUGGGGAGCCUUUACCACCUUCCUCAUGAACCUCAGCACAUGUCUGGAUGUGAUUCUCUACUACAUCGUUUCAAAACAAUUUCAGGCUCGAGUCAUUAGUGUCAUGCUAUACCGUAAUUACCUUCGAAGCAUGCGCAGAAAAAGUUUCCGAUCUGGUAGUUUACGGUCACUAAGCAAUAUAAACAGUGAAAUGUUAUGAAUAAUAGAAAGGUUCUUUAUCUCAAUCCCAUCAAAAUUCACUUCACUAACUACUCUGGCGUCAAUGGAUAUUCUGUAAAAUAUAUCAAGUCCCUUUUCUCUUGAAAAAAAUAAAUUCAUUAUCUUCAUUUUUAAAACUUAUAUAAAACAUUUUUGUGAAUUAUUC